AUGGAGAGUGAAGGGAAAGCUUCUGACAUGAAAUCAAAGCUUUCUAACAUGUUUUGGCAUGGUGGUUCUGCUUAUGAUGCUUGGUUCAGCUGCGCUUCGAACCAGGUGGCGCAAGUGCUGUUGACACUACCAUACUCGUUUUCACAGCUUGGAAUGCUCUCAGGGAUUCUGUUUCAGCUCUUCUAUGGCCUCUUAGGUAGUUGGACUGCUUACCUCAUUAGUAUUCUCUAUGUUGAAUACAGAACCAGAAAAGAAAGAGAGAAAGUUAACUUCAGAAACCAUGUCAUUCAGUGGUUUGAGGUUCUUGAUGGGUUGCUUGGGAAGCACUGGAGGAAUGUUGGGUUAGCAUUUAACUGUACCUUCCUUCUCUUUGGAUCUGUCAUUCAACUCAUAGCCUGUGCCAGCAACAUAUACUACAUAAAUGACAAUUUGGACAAGAGGACAUGGACAUACAUAUUUGGGGCAUGUUGUGCAACCACAGUCUUCAUUCCUUCCUUCCACAACUACAGGAUCUGGUCUUUUCUUGGACUCUUGAUGACAACUUACACUGCUUGGUACCUCACCAUUGCCUCCAUCCUCCAUGGCCAGGUAGAAGGAGUGAAGCAUUCAGGACCAACCAAGCUGGUAUUGUACUUCACAGGGGCCACAAACAUUCUUUACACAUUCGGAGGACAUGCUGUUACUGUAGAGAUAAUGCAUGCGAUGUGGAAGCCACAGAAGUUCAAGUCUAUAUAUCUGUUUGCGACUGUGUACGUUCUGACUCUAACGCUACCUUCUGCGUCUGCGGUUUACUGGGCGUUUGGCGAUUUGCUUCUAAACCAUUCAAACGCGUUUGCUCUUCUCCCCAAGAGCCUUUACCGUGACUUCGCCGUGGUGCUCAUGCUCAUCCACCAGUUUAUAACGUUUGGUUUCGCUUGUACGCCGCUUUACUUCGUGUGGGAGAAGCUCAUAGGGAUGCACGAGUGCCGGAGCAUGUGUAAACGAGCCGCCGCUAGGCUUCCGGUGGUUAUACCCAUUUGGUUUCUUGCAAUCGUAUUCCCGUUCUUCGGUCCCAUUAACUCGACCGUUGGAUCACUCCUGGUUAGCUUCACCGUCUACAUCAUCCCUGCACUCGCUCACACUUUCACCUUCCGUUCCUCGGCCGCUCGAGAGAACGCCGUGGAGCAGCCGCCUAAGUUCUUGGGGAGGUGGACCGGAGCUUUCACCAUCAAUGCAUUCAUUGUGGUGUGGGUGUUUAUCGUUGGAUUCGGGUUCGGUGGUUGGGCUAGUAUGAUCAAUUUUGUUCACCAGAUUGACACCUUUGGCCUCUUCACCAAAUGUUACCAGUGCCCACCACCGGUUAUGGCCUCGCCUCCUCCGAUCAGCCAUCCUCACCUCAAUCACACUCAUGGCCUUUAA